GUGCUGGCUCAGGGGUGCCGUAGGGAACGGCGGGACGUUGCACCAUGUUUGACGUGGGCAUGGCGGAGAUGUUGGUCAUCGGUGGAGCUGCUAUUCUUCUGCUCGGGAAGCGCGACAUGCCUCUGGUGUUCCGCUUGGCUGGUCGCGGUGUCGGCAAGGUCUCCGGGCUGGUGCAAGGCGGAAGGGCGCGGAUGAACGAGCUUUCACAAGGCAGCGAUCUCCUCCAGCUGCAGAACGAGAUCCGAUCUAACCUGGACGACCUUCGAGUCAUCAAGGCCGAGCUACGGGGGGCGGCGAACCUGCCACCGGGAAUCACGAGAUCUUCUCACCCCGGCAGCAGUGCGCUGAGAGACCAGCACGCUGUCUCCGCCCCCCCGUCCGUCGGCGGCAGCGGCACCGCAGGUGGUGGUACCAUUCCCCCGCCCCCCUACCCAAGUUUCCCUGCACGGGACCCCCUUCCCCAAGGAGGUGGGGUAGGAUCAGGGAAAAGGGUGGGGGGAACAAACGUAACGGACCCAACAGAUCCGACUUCGGUCGACACACGAGGGGUUGUAUCACCGGCGGACAGAUUUGCAGUUGCCGGAGCGGUGGCAGGGGUGGGGCGGCCUUUGAGAAACGGGAUGGCAGGGAGCGGGGUGGGGGGUGAGGCGGCGGCGAGGGUUGGACCCGUCGGCGGAGGUGGAGGCAGUGGCGGCGGUGGCGGAGGUGGGGGAGAUGGGGACAAGGGUUUGGGGGAGGAGUUGGCCCGGCCGGGGACGUCCAUGCCGCCGCCCCGACGAGCCGUGAAGAGCGUGGCUUCGCCGGGGGGGGAUCGGCUGCAGCGACUCGCCAUGGCGGAGAUCGGCUUUGCCGAGAAGGAUCUGUACGCCCCGAAAACAGGCAAGCAUAAAUGCGGCGGCCGGGUAUAG